CGUAACAACAUCUCCCUCCUCCAUCCUAAUCUCCUCCAAAUAUACAAAGAAACAAACAAACUCAAGAUUUGAAAUACUCCAUAAAACUAAUAAUAAUAAUGUCAAACAUGACAGGUGAUGAAGGGAGCUUCUCUAACUCUUCAGGAGAAGUCCAACAGCAGGCAGAGAAGCAGUCCAACCCCACUGACACCAAUGGCUCCUCCGCCUCUCAGCCGCAGCAGAAACAGCCCCAGCAGCAGCCUUCAGCUAAGAAGAAGAGAAAUCUUCCAGGAACUCCAGAUCCGACGGCGGAAGUGGUGGCGCUGUCUCCGACGACGCUGAUGGCGACGAACCGGUUUGUGUGUGAAAUCUGCAACAAAGGGUUUCAAAGAGAUCAGAAUCUGCAGCUGCACAGAAGAGGCCACAAUCUGCCAUGGAAGCUGAGGCAGAGAACGACCACCGAGGUCAAGAAACGGGUCUACAUCUGCCCCGAACCCACCUGCGUCCACCACAACCCUGCCCGCGCCCUCGGCGAUCUCACCGGUAUCAAGAAGCACUACAGCCGCAAACAUGGGGAGAAGAAAUGGAAAUGUGACAAAUGCUCUAAGAAAUAUGCCGUUCAGUCCGAUUGGAAGGCUCAUCACAAGACUUGUGGCACUCGCGAGUAUAAGUGUGAUUGUGGAACUAUUUUCUCAAGGAGAGAUAGCUUCAUCACUCAUAGGGCCUUUUGUGAUGCACUGGCUGAGGAAAACAACAAGGUGAAUCAACAAGGCAUAUUGGGCCCAAAUUUAUCGGCCCAGCUUCCAGAUCUAAUGUCCACGAUGCCCAUAACCUCUAACACAAACACUUCAUUGGGAUUCCCCAACCCAUUAAAAUCACUCCCCCAAGAUCUCCUCCCAAUCCCAUUCAAGCCCAUCGCCGGCGCUACCAUGUUCUCCUCUGCUUCCGGCAACCUAUUCGGAAGCCCGCGAAGCAUGCCCUCGUCGUCAUCCGGGCUCCAGCUCAGCUCAAACUCCAACCAAACAGGCUACAACUACCACCAGGACAGUAAGCAUUUGGGCCAAAUCUUUGGAUCGGCCCAAAUGUCGGCCACCGCCUUGCUCCAAAAGGCGGCCCAAAUGGGAGCAACGGCUACCAACUCCCCAAUGAUGCAGAAGAACUUCGUCAGCACCAUGGCGGGCCCAGACCAUGUGUCUAACCUGCCCGGCCCCAGUGUGCAUGGGUACGAGAGCUUCCAUAACGAGCAAACGUUCUUGGCCAAGAUGAUGCACAAGGGCCCGCCAGAGCUCUUCGAGGGAGGGGGCGAUAUGGUGAUGUACGGCGGGAUGCUGAUGGAUCAGAAUAUUCCGGCGGCAGGAUUCUUGAAAAACAUGGUGGAAGGGAGUGGUGACGACAUGACCACGGUGGAUUUCUUGGGGGUGGGAGGAUCAAGGGGGCACAAUUUGGAGAUGAAUCAGCAACUGAUGCAGAAUAAUAAUUUCCAUCAUCAUCAUCAGCAGCAUGAAGAAUCAGAUGUGGAAAAGCCACUCUACAACACUUUCUGAAAUAAGUAGCUAAUUCAUAUUCAAGAAUUUGAGAUAUUGUUACUCAUGCUGGCUCCAAUCUACAUGCAUAUUGUUUUUUGUUAUAGUAAAAAACAAGAGAUCCCAACUUAAAAUUAAUGCAGUAGUGAGAUCUACCGUAUAUUAGGCAUUACAACUCAUGUAUUUUAUGCUAUUUUACCAAGUCUAGUUCAUAAGUUUUACUCACUUUUUUUAUAACAAACAUAUCCGUUUUUACUGGGA